AUGAACGUCAGUGUUCGACGCGUCUUUGAUGGGCUUCGUCAGCGCCUGCAAUCAUUAGAUUCGGUACCACGAUCUUGACUCUACUCCCCAUCUUCGCUACUACCACGUUUCCCCCCAUGGCAUCUGACAGCAGACGUAGAUACUUGGACAGAGAGCGUUGCUGGUAUCUAUGGCAAUCUCAUGAAACCCUCUCUCAAACUCCUUCUUUCACUUCACAACUCGCAUGGCCUCUCGGCUUCAGAGGCAUCGUACCGCCUUUCAUCAAUUAUUAUAUUAUUGUCAAGACCCUCCGCGCCGUAACACCUGCUUUUGGUCGUCUGGCAGCUGUAGAAGCCCGUCUGGAAGGCGGGUGUAGAGCUGGUGUUGGACGCGUCGGGAGAGAGAGCGAAGAAGUCGCGUUCCCCGACGGAGGCGCGCGCGAACGAGAUGUCCUCACAAGAGCCUAUUUGCGAUCAAUCCAACGUGUGAAUCCCCGACUCUCACGUAGUGAGAGAAGGGUUUUGUCGGACACAAAUGGCUAAUUCCCUGCAAACGCAUCGCACCCGUGAGAAUAAGGCUUGGUCAGUAGGAAAAUGUUUGGAGUACCGGCUUUUUCAUAAGCGAUCCCACUACCGAAGGGCCUCAAUGAGAUUCGUAUGAGGGACCCCACUGGACAAAAACCAACUUUUGGAAAAACAUCAUCAAACUUUGCUCGUGAAAAACAUUUACCUAUAGUGUGACAAAAACAUUUGUUUUGUGACGAAAACUUUGCUCGC